AUGAGGUCAAUUCUCCCAUUCGUUUUCAUUCCAGCUUGUUUGGCUGUACCCUAUGCCGAGUACAUAUAUGCACCGUCCUCGAGAACUUUGACUCCACCAGCGGUCAUCGGCGUAAAUGGCUCGGUCACAAAUUCAGAGUCGCUGACCAAUGCUAGUGACAAGCGUCCAGCUGUCUUCAAUGGCCCUUCAUCGGUAACCUUUGAUUUCCAGAAGAAUGUUGCCGGCAUAGUUUCCAUCGAUGUCGCUUCAGCUUCUUCUGACGCCUUCCUUGGUGUAACCUUUUCCGAGUCGAGUCUAUACAUUAGCGAGCAGGCGUGUGACGCGACUGCGGAUGCAGGACUUGACAGCCCUCUUUGGUUCUCCUUUGUAGAUGGACCUGGUACCUACACAGCGGCAAAGAAGCACAACCGAGGUGGCUUCCGGUAUAUGACUUUGGUCAGCAAUACGACGGCGAAAGUAUCUCUGAACAGCGUGACGGUCAACUUCACAGCUGCACCGACACAGGACCUGCGCGCAUACACCGGUUACUUUCACUCAAAUGACGAGUUGCUGAACCGGAUUUGGUAUGCCGGAGCAUACACCAACCAGAUGUCGACCAUUGACCCAUCCAUGGGCAACGCGCUCGCGUGGUUUCGGAUAAUCACCACUGCCGAUAACAUUACACUCCCGCAGACCGUUUCGUGGUGGAGCAACUACACUAUCUCAAAUGGAAGCAGUGUUCUCAGCGACGGCGCUAAGAGAGACCGGUUGAUCUGGCCAGGUGACAUGUCAAUCUCACUGGAAGCGAUCGGUGUGAGCACGUAUGAUCUGUAUAGCGUGAGAAUGGCACUAGAGCUACUGUAUGGUUUGCAGAAGAAGGAUGGUCGUCUACUCUAUGCUAGUCCACCCUUUGUUGAUCUCGUCAGCUUCACAUACCACUGUCACAGUCUCAACGGUCUUGCUCUAUACUAUCUCUAUUCUGGCGACCUGAACUGGUUGUCUCGGUAUUGGAAACAAUUCAAACUAGGCAUCGACUAUGCGUUGUCCAGUGUCGACGCCACCGGCCUGGCGAACAUCACUGCCAGCUCGGACUGGCUGCGUUUGGGAAUGGGUGGCUAUAACAUCGAAGCCAACUCCCUCCUCUACUAUGUCCUCAACCAAGGCCUGAGCCUGGCAACCGUCCUCAACGACACCUCCGUCCAGCACCUAUGGACCUCCAAAGCAGCAAAGAUCAAGGAUGCCGCGAACAAGAAACUCUGGGACAAGAGCGCCGGUCUAUUCCGCGACAAUGAGACCACGACUUUCCACCCCCAAGAUGGCAACGUGUGGGCUGUCAAGUCAAACCUAACCAAUUCACCAUCCCAAAUCCGACAAAUCUCCAAGUCUCUACGCAACCGCUGGGGAAAAUACGGUGCGCCCGCCCCCGAGGCCGGACCGACUAUCUCACCCUUCAUCAGUGGCUUUGAGCUGCAAACGCACUACAUUGCCGGGAACCCCAACUCCGCGUUGGAUUUGCUCCGUCUGGAAUGGGGCUUCAUGAUGGAUGACCCACGCAUGACCAACUCAACCUUCAUCGAGGGCUAUUCAACAGACGGGUCGCUGCACUACCAACCGUAUACCAACGACCCCCGCGUGUCGCAUGCGCACGGUUGGUCCACUGGCCCGACAUCCGUUCUCAUGAAUUACGCUGCAGGGCUCCAAUUGAAGUCCGCAGCAGGGGCAACAUGGUCCAUUACUCCACAGCCUGGUGAUCUGACAUCUGUCGAUGCGGGUUUCGCUACGAAACUUGGCCUCUUUGCGGUUGCUUUUGAGGUGCGCAAUGGGAAUUACCAGCAUCUCCACUUCCGUACUCCAGUUGGAACUACGGGGGAUGUUGUUUUGCCAGGGUUAGCCGGGACCUUGGUCAGCGCCAAUGGAGCCAAGGUUGCACUCAGUGCUGCUGGGAUGGCUAGCGGGUUGGCAGGUGGCAAUUGGACUUUUGUUCCCAGAAGCUCAGACAGGACAAGGAGGAUAAACUGGUAG